AUGGUUCGCCUCUCAACUCUUAGCGUCUCGCUCUCACUGCUGGUCCUUGGAGCUCUGUCUCCGUCUCUGGUUCAAUCUUCGCCUAUCCUUGAGCUUUCUGACUCAAACCAACUGCCUUUGAACAAUCUUCUAUCCUCUUUCGCUGCAGCUAAGCAUGAAGUCCAUCCCUCCAUUCUAUCUGCCUUGGACGAAUAUGAUGAUCCUGUCGAUGCACUCGUUGCUCUCAAGCCGGACCUGAAGCAGAUGAUGGCCGAGCCUAGACUUUUGUGGAUCUUUGGCGAAGAACAAACUAGGCAAGGUAUUUGGAUGACUGAGGGUGACAAACUUCGUUUAAGACGGGAGAAUAAGAAAUUUAUGGACCUCACAGACAAUGACUUCGGGAUGGAACAGGCCCUAAUGGCAGGAAAAGCUAAUACUCCCAGUCUGACUCAUCAGAAAUAUGUUCGACCUGUCUUCGCUGAUCUGAGGACAUCCACCAUGUACGAUGUUCUCGCAAAAGGCACAUCGUUCUUCAGCAGAUAUUACUACUCUGACACAGGAGUUCAGUCGGCCCGGUGGCUCCACGAUCACAUCGCUGACAUCAUCGCCAAUUCUCCUGUUGGCGAAUGCAUCUCUCUUGAAUACCAUACGCAUCGCUUCCCCCAACCAAGUAUCAUAGCACGAUUUGAGCCACCAACCAGAAACUUCACUCUUCCCCUGACCAUCAUUGGAGCUCACCAUGAUUCAGCAAACUACCUUUUCCCACUGCUCCCAGCCCCAGGCGCAGACGAUGAUAUGUCAGGAUCGACCUGUAUCUUGGAAGCCUUCCGGGUGUUAGCAGGAAGAGGGUAUCAACCCGCUCAUGGGCCCGUUGAGUUCCACUGGUACUCCGCUGAGGAAGCUGGAUUACUAGGAAGUCAAGAAAUUGUAGCAUAUAAGAAGGGAAUGAACGCCAACGUUGGGGCGAUGAUAGAGUUUGAUAUGACUGCUUUUGUAGCUCGCAACACCACUCCUCACAUCGUUCUCCUCGAGAAUGACGCAGAUGACAAAUUGACAAAUUGGGUGAUCAAGCUGGCAGAGGAAUAUGUGGACCUCCCCGUGAAUGUCUCGACGCUUGGCCCCGGAGCGGGUUCCGACUAUAUGUCCUGGACUAAGGGAGGAUACCCUUCCGCUUUUGCUGCAGAAGGCGAUCCCCAGGCUGGCGGACUCCCUGGUGAAUUUGAUAAAUACGUGCAUACUGCUCGCGACACGAUAGACGUUGAUGACGAUACCGGCUACUUCUCCCUGGAGCACAUGCUCGAAUUUUCGAAAUUGGCUGUAGCUUUUGCUGUGGAACAAGCGGGCUGGUUUGACGAGUUUACGGGAGGUGAUAGCACAAAGUUGACUUGGUGA